UCUAUAUAUACAAGGCAGAGCCACUCUUUGCUCUUGCCUUGCGCGGAGCCUUACUGAGACGCUUAGCUGCUCAUCUUACGCCGUUGAGCUUUUGCACACACAACAACCCAAAAUCAUGACCCACCAGCAACAGAUGAGCUUGCCAGCAAAACUGAUUAACGGAGGAAUUGCAGGCAUGGUUGGUGUCACCUGUGUAUUCCCAGUCGACCUGGCCAAGACGCGCCUGCAAAACCAACGAAGCGGGCAGCAACUCUACAAGAAUAUGAUGGACUGUCUUAUAAAGACGGUAAAAUCUGAAGGUUACUUUGGAAUGUAUAGAGGCGCUGCCGUCAAUCUCACCCUAGUGACUCCUGAAAAGGCCAUUAAACUUGCCGCCAAUGACUUCUUUCGCCACCAGCUCAGCAAAGAUGGUGGUAAGCUGACGGUGUUUAAGGAGAUGUUGGCAGGAUGCUGUGCGGGAAUGUGCCAAGUGGUUGUUACCACGCCUAUGGAGAUGCUCAAGAUCCAGCUCCAAGAUGCCGGCAGGCUAGCGGCACAGCAGCGGGUGAUGCCCAGUGUGGCGUCAUCUCUAAAGAUGGGCGGGACCAGCACAGUCCUUAGUCGUUCUUACAACGCGAGCCCUGCGCCUCAGGUCAGGACGGUGUCAGCCACGCAGAUCACACGAGACCUGUUGAAGACCAAAGGUGUCACGGGCUUGUACAGAGGACUCGGGGCCACAUUAAUGCGGGACAUUCCCUUCUCGGUCGUUUACUUCCCUCUUUUCGCACACUUGCACCAACUCGGUCAGCACUCAUCAGAAAACCCAUCGGUGCCUUUCUAUUGGUCCUUUGUUUCUGGAUGCUUGGCUGGAUCCGUUGCAGCUGUGGCUGUCAGCCCUUGCGAUGUGGUCAAAACAAGACUACAAUCUCUAAAAAAGGGGACAAAUGAGGAAACGUAUAAUGGAGUGGUCGACUGCGUCAGAAAAAUCAUGAGAAAAGAGGGUCCCUCUGCUUUUCUUAAGGGGGCCAGUUGCCGGGCCCUUGUCAUCGCACCUCUCUUUGGCAUCGCCCAGGUCGUGUACUUUGUAGGAAUCGGGGAGUUGCUGCUUGGUUACACACCAUAUAGUAUCUACUAUUCAGCAUAGACAGGUUUCGGGGAUCCUGUUAAUAAUGGGGAACGAGGUUACGAGACGUUUUUGCCCAAAUGGCGCAUGACUCCGCCUUCAUUUUCAUGAGCCAACCCCAGUGCAUUCACAUAGUAAUGAAAAUUAGGAUUUAUACAACUGUAAAUAUAUCUUGUAGAUUUGAUAUUUUCUCAAAAUUGAAGGAGAAAAUGUAACAAAUUUUGAAAAAAAAACUCAAAUUGAGGGACUAAAAGAUUUUGCAACCACCAUGUCGUUAUGUUCCGAUUCAUUUUAGAAUUACACAUGUAAAUACAGGAAAAAUAAAUUCUGAUUCACUCUGGACUCA